CUCUUUCACACAUGACGUCACAAUCCAGAGAAGCCGACAGCUACAUAUUAAAACAAGCAGCUAAGUUGCGUUAGCCUACCUUCACUGUAUCACAGCAGACUGUUGGCCCGCUGCCGGCUCAUCGUCACUUCAACUUUUGGAAAGCAACUUUUUGGAACAACACGAACUGUUGAACACAGUUGGGCAAAACAACUGCCUCCACCUUAGAGGUAAGGGACAGCUUUGUCCAAAUGUGCGUAACACCGGAGCGCACGGUUCUAGCGGCGCUCUCCAGGGUUAGCGUUAGCUUUGUUUUCUUUAGGAUUCUCAGCUAGCAUAGCGCUGCUAAGGUUAGCUGGUUAGCAGAUAUUUAAAGCCUCAGCUGCGCAGUAUGCUGAGCAUGUUAUCUCCCAGCGAGAGAAUAAGCUCUUAGCAGAAUGAUCUCUGUUGUUUACAAGCUGCGCUACAGACUAGUCAUGGGUUGUUGUUGUUGUAUUCUUGAACAAAUAAUGUCAGUCUCAUUAAUGUCAUGUUUCGGUAUUCUGGACCCCCCUCCCCUCCUCUCUCCUAAACAAAACUAAAGUCAUGGCGUGUGGAGCCACCCUGAAGAGGACCAUGGAUUUCGAUCCGCUAAUGAGUCCUACGUCCCCCAAAAGACGACGCUGCAUCCCCGUGACCCCCUCUUCCUCGGCCCCUAGGAAGUACCUCAGCAUGGAGCCCUCGCCAUUUGGGGAGUCGUCUUCAACUCUUAGUGCAGGUAGUGAUACUUUCUGCUGGCCUGCUCGGUGAUCAGGCAGGGUCUGCUCAUGGAUUUCCCUAAAAUGACAGCUGUUUUUGUUUCCACUUUGUCUUUCCUUUGUCACCACCAGAACAAAUCCUCAACAGCAUCAAGCAGGAAUACAAACGCAUUCAAAAGAGGAAGCAUCUAGAUGGAGGCUACCAACAGUCAGAGUGCUGCUAUUCCCCAGAGUCCCCAUCCCAGUCGUCUACAAUGAAUGUUUCUAGCAUGUCAGGUUGGUAAAGUAGCACAAUAACUAUACAUUGAAUGUGUAAUUUGACAAAUACAGAUGCCUUUGGUUUGAACAGUUUGUGUCAUUUAUCCCAGGAACAUCCCCUGGAGGCGUCUCCCCCUCUAGAAAAGAACAGCCGCUAUUCACACUCAGACAAGUUGGCAUGAUUUGUGAGCGCCUUCUUAAAGAAAGGGAAGAGAAGGUACGGGAGGAGUAUGAGGAGACGAUGACUUCAAAAUUGGCAGGUUGGUACACACCGAGGAAGUAAACUAUACAUCAAAUUACCAAAAAUCUUAAACCGAUGAACGUCUGACCAACUCAAGAGUGUUUUUUCAUGAAUGUGACUGUGGUGUGUGAAAGAUUACAAUACAGGAAUAGAUUGAUUUUCCGUUUCCUGGAGUUAAGACCGUUCUCUCUGGAAGUAGAGGUAAAUUUGUUUUUUUUCUGUGCUUUCAUUUUCAGAGCAGUACGACACCUUUGUGAAGUUCACACACGAUCAGUUAAUGCGACGAUUCGGGGAGCAACCUGCAAGCUGUAAGUUGUUUCAUUUCAUCUUGAAUCAUUUUCACAUUCCUGUCUCUCUGGCAGCCCGUACGCGAGAGGGGCUUGGAUCUCGCUUUGAGCUCUUCCUUUUGAAGUUUAAAGUAACAAGUCUGUAUUUUAUUUCAUCUCUCUCUCUUCCAGAUGUUUCCUGAGUGUGGCACAGAAAUCUUUGCAAGACCGCCUUUCCUUGCUGCAAGCUAUCGUGCGAUAUCUUAAGAAAGGAAGAAAAAUACAAAAGCUCACCAUCGCAAGAGAUUCAGUUCAGCCAGUUUAAAUAAAAAUUUUCUUACUGUGCCAUAUUUCUGUCUUUGGGCAAAAGUUUAUAUGAAGCUGUUGUCAGUUGUUACCACUCUAUAAGCAACUAGGUGCUUCCUGAUGUAAAUAAAUGGACCCUAUCUCUACCAGUGGCCUAUGUUCCUCCCGCUGUAUGUGUAUCCACAGUUAUCUCACUUUUGUAAUGGUUCCCAGCAUUCCAGGCUUUGUCACUUGUUUUCUGUUUGUUACAUGUACAUAUGAUGAAGCAACAGUUUCACAAGAGGUUUGCUGGUCAAUCUGAUAGAAAGUGGAAGAAACGCAACGAGACAGUGGGAAUAUGUUUGCAGUUUGUCCUCUGUUCAUUGCUUUUUCAGUUCUGCAUAUAGUGGGCUAAUUUGAUUUUAUUUUUUUUGUUCUCCCUACCAGUGUUUUAUUUAUUUUAACUUUUUUGUUUUGCUGGUAUCACUUUGAAACCAAUGUACCUGUUGGAAAAACCAAUAAAAAUCUAAGAGACCUGGUAUGUUUUGAGUUCUUUAAAACAAA